AACUUUAUAUCCCACAAUUCUUUUUCCCGUCUCUCUCUUUCCCCUUUGCAGCAAUGUCCAAGAGAGGACGUGGUGGGUCAUCUGGAGCGAAGUUUCGCAUCUCACUGGGUCUCCCAGUGGGUGCGGUCAUUAACUGCGCCGACAACACAGGUGCCAAGAACCUGUACAUCAUCUCUGUUAAGGGCAUCAAGGGUCGUCUGAACCGUCUGCCUGCUGCAGGAGUAGGUGACAUGGUCAUGGCCACAGUGAAGAAAGGCAAACCCGAGCUCAGGAAAAAGGUGCAUCCUGCAGUGGUGAUACGGCAGCGGAAGUCGUAUCGGCGAAAAGAUGGUGUGUUUCUCUAUUUUGAAGACAACGCAGGGGUCAUAGUAAACAAUAAAGGAGAAAUGAAAGGUUCAGCCAUCACAGGCCCGGUGGCCAAAGAGUGUGCCGAUCUGUGGCCCAGGAUUGCCUCAAAUGCUGGAAGCAUAGCCUGAGCUGAACCCUGCGCCUCUGUUUUCAAUAAAAAUAAGUUGUAAAGCCAA